GCUUAUGUUAAUGCAGGUGCUAUCAUUCAGGAAGAUAUUAGUGAAGCUCCUGUUAUAUUUGGAGUGAAGCAAGUUCCUGUCGAUGCAUUACAACCUAAUAAAACGUACGUGUUCUUCUCCCAUACAAUCAAAGCCCAAGAAGCUAACAUGCCUUUACUGGAAGCGAUCCUAGAACGAAAUAUCAGGCUUAUUGAUUAUGAGAAAAUGGUUGACAGUGAUGGACAGAGAGUUGUAGCUUUUGGAAAAUAUGCUGGCGUAGCAGGAAUGAUAAAUAUCCUCCAUGGACUAGGGUUGAGACUGUUAGUCCUAGGGCAUCAUACCCCUUUCAUGCACAUAGGACCUGCUCAUAAUUAUCGAAGUAGUGGAAUGGCUCGGCAGUCUGUAAGAGAUGCAGGAUAUGAAAUAGCACUAGGAAUGAUGCCACGAUCCGUUGGUCCAUUGACUUUUGUUUUCACAGGAUCUGGAAAUGUUUCUCAGGGCGCUCAAGAAGUAUUUCAAGAACUGCCUUAUGAAUAUGUGGAGCCUGAAGAUCUUCCACAAGUUUCUGAACACGGAUCAAUGAACAAGGUAUAUUCAGCAGUGGUGAGCAGAGAUGACCAUUUUGAACGUAAAGAAGGUGGUGGUUUUGACCCAGAAGAGUAUGACCAGCAUCCAGAACGUUAUUUUUCAACCUUUGCUAAAAAUAUUGCUCCUUACGCAUCUGUAAUCAUAAAUGGCAUAUACUGGGGAGUUGGUUCACCAAAGUUGCUUACUAUCCCCGAUGCAAAGCAUCUCCUGCAGCCAAGUUAUACACCAUGGUUACCCACGAGUGUUGGUACCCCUGCUCUUCCACACCGCCUUCUGGCCAUCUGUGACAUUAGUGCUGACCCAGGUGGCUCUAUCGAAUUUAUGACUGACUGCACAACGAUUGACACUCCAUUCUGUUUAUAUGAUGCAGACCAGCACAAGAAUAGUGAAAGCUUUUCUGGUCCAGGUGUUCUUGUUUGUUCAAUAGACAACAUGCCGACCCAGUUACCAAGAGAAGCAACCGAUUUUUUUGGUGAUCUUCUUUAUCCAUAUACGUUUGACAUACUUAAGUCUGAUGCAACCAAACCACUUGAAGAACAUAAUUUCUCGGCUGUAGUGAAAGGAGUAA